CUCAAGUAUUCCCCCCAUAAAUAUUGCAAUGGCAGUUUCUUCGCUUCUAUCCAUCAUCAUCUUCUUCUUCUUGUUUAUAAUAUUUGUCGAUGGCCAAUGCCUCGAUGAUCAAAAAAAGUUGCUACUUGAGUUGAGGAGCGAAUUCAAAUUCAGUUCCACGCUUGCAUGUGGUUUUGGGAUUUGGAAUGAGACAGGUGAUUGUUGCGAAUGGUACAGCGUGGAAUGUGAUGACUCGGGGCACGUUAUCAGUUUGCACCUCGACUGGGGCAUCUCCGGCAGAAUUGGUGAGUCGUCAGCCCUUUUUCAGUUGACAUACUUGUCGGAGAUUAUCCUCUCAAACAAUGACUUCACCACAACUCAGAUUCCUAACCAAUUCCAUCAUCUCCCUAAUUUGGCAUACCUUGAUUUGGAAAACUCUGGUUUCAUGGGACCAAUUCCAUCCACGUUGGCCAACCUAACUCAGUUAGUUGGACUCUACUUAAAUAAUAACUUCCUCACUGGUUCAAUUCCUUCAUUUCAUAACUGCAAGAAUCUUAAAAUUAUAGGCCUUAGUCAUAAUAAUCUAAUGGGCUCACUUUCUGACUUGCAUUUUAAAGGUCUUCAAAACCUUUCUAGUAUAGAUUUAAGCUACAAUUCGUUGAAUGGCACCAUUCCUCUCCAUCUUUUUGUUCUGCCUUCAAUUGAUUCUCUUAUUCUAUCCAACAACCAAUUCAGUGGACAAAUCAAUGAAGUAGUUCCCAUUAUAAAACACUCCAACCUUAAUAUCCUAGAUUUGGGUAGUAAUAGGAUAGGAGGUCCUAUUCCUAACUUCUUCUUCCAGCUUCGAAACUUAUCAGAUCUCAGGCUUCCCGACAACUUGUUCAAUGGAACUUUUGAACUGAAUAAGAUUCAAAGUCUGACAAGUCUUUUUGAACUUACACUUUCUAACAACAACCUGUCAGUUGACACAACUAACAUGAGUUCAAGUUCCUAUAAUUUAAUAGGGUUGCAACUGUCAUCUUGUAAUUUAUAUGAUUUCCCAGAUCUUAGAAAUGCAUCCAGUUUGUUUGUUUUGAACCUCUCAAACAAUCAUUUGCGAGGGGAUAUUCCUAGUUGGAUUUGGGAAACCAAAAAGACCUAUUUGGACCUUUCUUUUAAUCUUCUGACAGGUUUGAAAAAGCCUCCAAUCUCUUCAAAUUUCAUUGAUUCUACUGUCUUGCUCGCAAACAAUCGACUAACUGGAAUGAUUCCAUCCUCCUUCUGCAAUGCAUCUUUUUUUCGUGAUCUCGACUUUUCAUUCAAUAACUUGAGUGGUAGCAUUCCUCCUUGCCUAAUAAAAAAAAAUCUUGUGAGUCAAGUGCUCAAUCUUAGGGGAAACAAAAUCAGUGGUGUUAUCCCCGAUCAAUUUUCUAGUGGGUGUGACCUAGAAACCUUUGAUGUUAGUAACAACAACUUAGGCGGGAAGGUUCCUAUGUCUCUGGGAAAUUGCACGAGCUUACUGGUGAUGAAUGUUGCAGACAACAACCUUGAGGGUAGUUUCCCUUGCAUGUUGUCGUUUAGCUUGCGCAUCCUUGUCUUGCGCUCCAACAGAUUCCAAGGAGACUUGAGAUGUAGUAAGAGUUGGCCCGAUCUUCAAAUUCUGGAUAUAUCUUCAAAUAGUUUCAGUGGCCAUUUGAAUUUGCUAAACUUCUCGAGUUUGAGAGGAAUGAUGCUAGAGAAUUCGACACAUCUCAAUCGCUCAAACUCUCAUUUUCUAGGUGAUGAUGGUUUUCCAGGUGCUGAUAUUUACUACCAUAACGAGGUGACAUUAACGGUCAAGGGAUAUGAGGAGAAGAUUGUGAAGAUUUGGCCUGACUUUACAUGCAUUGAUUUGUCUUCCAAUCAUUUUGAAGGAGAAAUACCAGAUGGAAUUGGUAAUCUCACCUCACUCUAUCUUCUCAACUUAUCCCGCAACUCUCUCACUGAUGAAAUCCCAAGAUCAUUGGGUGCCUUGGCAGAGCUUGGAUCGCUCGACCUCUCUUCAAACAAGCUCACCGGGAGAAUUCCAGAUGAGCUUGCCAAACUCGAUUUCCUAUCAUUCUUGAAUGUGUCUUACAAUCAUCUCACUGGACCGAUCCCAACUGGCCGCCAGUUUCAAACGUUUUCGGCAGAUUCAUUUGAAGGAAACGCAGGGUUAUCUGGAUUCCCACUCAACGGAAGUUUCAACAACCGUGGUCCACCCGGUCCAUCACCAUCAGAGGAUUCAAAAUCAAAAGAUGAUGAGAUUGAGUGGGAAUAUGUGUUUGUUGCGUCUGGUUAUGUUGUGGGAAUAGGAAGCGUCGCGUGGACACUGUUAUGCUGCAGAAGGUUGAGAGAAAGAUACUUUGAGAAGAUAGAAGAGGUUGCUGACAAGAUAUUUUAUGAGAUUGGAAGGAGAAAGAGACAUGAAAGAAGAGUAAGGAUAAGAGAGGAGAGAAAUGCAGUUAGAAGAAGGCAUCAUCAGUGAGGUUGAGCAAUUUGGUUUGUGUUUAAUUAGCAUAAGAAAUUUGAUGUAAAACUUUUCUAUUAGCAUUGUGUGAUUGUGUUUUUGUAAUAUGACUCUUAUUUUAUAAAUAGAUCAAACAAUUUGAUUGUGUACUAA